CUUCCAACGAAACUUAGGUUACCUAACCUAAUUUCGUGAAAUCGAGUAGCGGUACGGUGAUUUUGUUCUAUUUCGUCUUUUCUUAAGUCCGGUACUGCAUGAUAAGCAUAAUAUAAAUAAAAAAAGGCAAAAUAUUUUCGUUUAUCUCAUAAUUUACAUGAAAUUUAUGAAAAAUUUACAUUUUUAUCGUUUAAAUUAAGUGCGAAUUAUAUAAUCUAUCUGAUUAAUCGAUCUCUAUUAAUCGUAAAUGUGAUACGUAUUCUUUAAGAAAAUUGAAAUCUGUAACACUUGUUUAUAAGCUAUAAUUUAUCUCUUUAUAAAUAAAAGGAUAAAGAUUAAACGAUAACGAUGCUUCGAUUGUUUGGAACGCAAGUACGAAAAGCGACUUGCAUCAUUUCGUCUUCUUUAAGGAAAACAAAUAAUCUAGCAUUAGUAGAAACAACUAGAAAAUUUAGUAUUAGUUCGAGAUGCCUAGGGGCUUGGCCAGAAAUUCAAAAACCUGCACCAGAUUUUGCUGGAACGGCAGUAAUCAAUGGUGACUUCAAAGACAUAAAAUUAAGCGACUACAAAGGGAAAUAUGUAGUUCUUUUUUUCUAUCCAUUGGACUUUACAUUCGUGUGUCCAACUGAGUUAAUAGCAUUUUCAGAAAAAAUCGCAGAAUUCAAAGCUAUAAAUACCCAAGUAAUAGGCGUUUCCACAGAUUCUCAUUUUAGUCAUCUUGCAUGGACUAACACGCCUAAAAAGCAAGGUGGUUUAGGUGGAGAUUUAGGAUAUCCGUUGUUGAGCGAUUUUAACAAAGAAAUCUCAGCGAAAUACAAUGUCCUCUUGGAAAAUCCUGGAAUAGCUUUGAGAGGAUUAUUCAUUAUAGAUAAGGAUGGAAUACUUAGGCAAUUUAGCGUUAACGAUUUGCCAGUCGGUCGUAGCGUGGAUGAAACAUUAAGACUGAUAAAAGCUUUUCAAUUUGUCGAGGCACAUGGAGAAGUGUGCCCUGCCAAUUGGCAACCAGAUUCUAAAACUAUCAAACCGAAUCCGAAAGAUAGCAAAAAGUACUUUGAGUCGGUCAAUUGAAUUUCUCUAUGAUUUUCUUAACGCAUAUACAUAUAUAUGUAUAUAUACAUACACGUACAUAUAUACAUAUACUUAAAUAUAUGCAAAUGUAUAUACACGUAUACCAUAAGAUAUUUUAUUAUGAUUCGAUGUAAGGCAGGAUAUGAUGAUGAUGAUGAUGAUAAUGAUAUAUAGUAAAAGAUUAAAGAAACAUAUAAGAAAGAUAAAAUUUUAUUGAAGCAUUAUAGUAGUAGAAAAUCUGCGUCUCUUUUGGUAUCAAUUGGACUCCUGAUGCAUUGAGUUCAUCGAAGAAAACAUUUAUUUAUCAUACUCUUUUGAUUGGCAAUGGUAGAGAGAAGAGGAGAAAAGAGAAAGUACCCCGAACGAAUAUCUUUGAAAAGCACAUUCGCUAUUUCUAACGUAUAGUACAUACGUGUACGAUUGUGUCUGUAGGCGCGUUGGAACGGCACGAAUAGAGUUCUCCGUAGAGUAUCGAGGGUUGAUACGGACUUGGUUCGAUCGAAAGCUGAGAGAGAGAGAGAGAGAGAGAGAGAGAGAGAGAGAGAGAGUGAGAGAGAGAAAGAGAGAGAGAGAGAGAGAGAAAGAGUACAGGGGCUCGCAAAAUUUGAAUAGAAAGAAAGAAAGGGGAAGAAAUAAGGUACGUGCCAUUCGUGCGCAUACAUUAACGUGUGCGAGAGAGAUGGAAAAAAAAAAGGAAAAGUGGUGGGAGGUGGUCGACGAGUGGAAGAGCAAUCUCGUACCAGUUAAUUUGAUUCUUUGUGGCGAUGAAAGUAAUAGCGGGAGGAAGCACCAAAAGGCCGUUCCCGAUUACCCUAUCCUCCUAUCGUGGCUUACUAAGUAAACGUUCGUCAUUCUAACAACGAUAGAUCUCACACGUGUCAUAUACAAUUUUGUUUUUCGUACAAUUAACUGAAGAUUAAUUGAAUGAAAUUUUCCAAUUGACGAGAAUGUCAAUGUGAUACGAAUUUAAGUUUAAAUAUACCACGAUCAUUUUCACCCUUUUUUUCCGUAAUGAAAAAUUACUAAAAUGUAUCAUGAAUAUGUGAUGUGCUAUACGUUCGGAUAAUCGAGAUUUGUAUCAUAUAUUUUGGGAGUAUUUCGGAGUAAGGGCUUUAAACGAGAGGGUAAAUGCAUAAAGUGAAAAGCAGGCAAAAAGAUAGAUCCUUUAAAUCUUGUAAAUUCAAUCACGUCGUAAGAAUAAAAAUAAAAGAGAAAUAAAACCACAGGGAUUAGUCGCGAUAUUUUUACGUUAAAAAAAAAAGAAGAAAAGAGAGGGAAAGAGAGAGAAAGAGAGGGAGAAAAGGAAAAAGCUUGAUGUUAGUUUUUCUAUCGAAGCAUCCUCAGGAAAAUCCUAUUCUCGUGAUAUUUUCAAACGUGAUCGGAGGACCGUCGCGCGACGUGACAUGUCGGAUUAGAAAAGCAAGUCUUUUAGCAGGGAAUGGCAGGGGAUUUUGAUGUUUCAAUCGUGCGUUCCGUUGUCCAGCGCGGUCGAUUAACGCGACCGUGAGGGUGGGUCAGUAAGUUUAGUAAGGUUUCCGAUUCUAAUCGGUGCUCUCGGUCGAUGCUCGACAACGUCAUCUCUGAACACGAUUCCGACGUUAAAAUUUCAUUCCGAGUAUCACUUAAAUCUCACUAAAAUUAAAUAUCUUUUCAAACCGAUGCGCGGAUUCUUAUAUUAAUUAUUAAUCUUCAUAGUCAAGUUAACCAUAUUGUUAAUUUUACAUAUAUAGUUUAUUUGAUAAUCCUUCGUCUAAUACUGUUCUACAGUUAUUCAUUAGUAGAUCUAGUUGAUACGAUCAAAGUAUUAAAUUUUGUAAAAGAAAGGAGAAUUAAUUUGUAUUCUCAAGAAAAAGAAAAAAAGAAAAAAAAAGAGAGAAAAGAGAAUCGGUAAAGGAAAGUAAGGGUAAUAUAAAACACUGACCGCGCCUCGACAACGUUUAUAUAAGCCAAGAGAAUAUAUUUUAGUAUUUGUAAGGCCACCCUAGAAUGAUAUUCUUAUUCUACGGAGGAGGGAGUUGUAAAAGGAGGAACGUUGAAAGUGGUGGGCGAGAACGACUGGAAGGACGAGGAAUAUGAAGAGAAAGAGAGGAAGAGGAGGGCGUUGGCGGAGGUCGGACGAUGAGGAAACGGUGAGCAUGAUCGAGGAACCGAGGAGAAGGGAGAAGAAGAGGGCUCGCCGUCGUGCAUCCAUCCAUAUCCAUCCCGGGGUGGCUAGGCUUUGAUUACUUGUUUUAAUCUUCCGACUGCCGACCGGGCGAGCAUCUGUCACUCAAAAUCCGUAAUUGCGCGCCCACCCUUUUUGCCUUCUAUCCCCCUACUCCCACCUUCUACGAGCUAUCCCCAUCCCAAUUCACUCUUCCUCUCUUCUCAACCUUCUUCCCAACCACCCACACUGAGAAUUGGAAACGCGUUCUUCUUUUCGUUCGAGACCUACCCUUACCACUCACCUUCUCUUUGCCUUUUUUCCUCUCCCAAAAGACAAUUCUUCGCGAUAAUCAUCGUAUCAUCGGAUACGGACUCGAUGGUUUCUUCCUUUGAAAAAAAUCAGAGAACAGAUGCGUCGUGAGCAGCAACAACGGCAGCGGCAGCAGCAGCAGCAGCAGCAGUACUACCAGAGGCAGGAUCUA